ACAUUUUUGGUAUGAAUGAAUUUUACAGUGUGCUGGAGCCCAAAAGGGAAGCAACUGGUGAUAGGCACAGGUAAUGGGACUCUGAUGCAGUUUGACCAUGAACUUAAGAAGAAGAGAGACUGGGACAGACCGUCAGUGUUACCGGAGGACCAGCAGUAUGAAGUAAAAGGAGUAACCUGGAUAUCCACCUACAUGUUUCUGGCCUCAUACUUUUCCUCGGACGGAUCUGAUAACCAGCCAACAGUCAUCCUGACCUCAGGAUCGAAGGAUGGUGCUCCAGCCUUUAUCAACUUUGAAGAUCCUUGUUAUGGAAAUGGGGAGGGAAUGGCCUGCAAAAUGCACUUCAAUUACAUCCCACAGUGGGAAAUGGUUUUGUGUACAUCCAGCACUGCUUGUGAAACAGCAAUUGUUGCCAAACACUUUGAUAAUAAGAACACCUUUGAGCGUUGGACCCUUGAUGACGCUGCCCGAGCUGAGCUACCCCUAACAGAGGAUUACGCUGACACGUUUCCCCUGGGAGCCGCUGUAGACCUGUCUUCACAGUAUGCCAUUCCUGUGGGAGAAAGAUCUCAUCCACCCAGCCCGUUGUUCAUUCUGCUCUCUACUGACGGAGUACUGGUGACUUAUUACAUGAUGUACAGUCACGCCGAGGCUCCGGCCAUCACCAGACCCCCUCAGCCACUGCCAGCGGGCCCAGUCAGAAAACCACAACCAGCAAACACUCAAGGCACCGUACAGAAGGAUGCAGCUCCUAUAGAAACAAGACCACAAGCCCAGUCUGGGCAGCCAGUAGCUAGCCCAGUCGUCUCCCAGGGUCAGAGUUCACCUGCCUCCCAGGGUCAAAGUUCAGCUGCUUCCCUGGGUCAAAGUUCAGAGUCUAAAGCCAGUGCAUUUGGUUUUUCUGCCUCUGGUUCUACAGGAAAGUCAUUGUUUGGAGCUCCAGCCACUCAGGGGUUUAGUUUUACAUCAUCUGCGUCCUCUUCUAGUGCUGGAGCUGGGUCCAUUUUUGGUCAGAAUGCCUCAGCAACAACUCAGGUGGGACAGAGUUUCCUGGCAUCAGCUCUGUCUGCACCAGUAACAACUGCAGCAGCAGCCACUACAAAGACUGGAUUUGGUGCUACCUCAGCUCCUCCAUCUCAGUUUAGUUUCAAGCCUCAGUCGUCUGCCAACUUCAGUUUUAAUGCUACAGUCACUACACCAUCUGCACCAGUUUCCACUGCAUUUGGUGGGACAUCAAGUAGUUCUUCUUUUGCUCCUCAGAGUACAAGUGCCAAUAAAACGGGGUUUAAUUUUAGCUUUUCCUCCUCAAGCACCACAUCUUCUGGUCCAGACAAGACCCUUGCUGUAUCUGCUGCUCCUAUAAGUAGCAAGCCUGCAGCAACCCCAACCCCAGCAACCCAGUCUUCAGCAGUAUUUGGUACACCGAAUGCAUCUAAGCCGUCAACCUUUACAUUUGGCGCCGCAGCUUCUCCUGGUGCUGCUUUUGGUGUCAAACCAUCUGCUGCAUCAACUUUGCCAACAUUUGGUGUGUCUGCAACAUCAGCAGUCCCAACACAGCCAAGUUUUGGAUCAGUUGCCACUUCAACUCUGCCUAAGUUUGGACUGACAGCUGUAGCAACCCCAGCAGGUACCACAAGAGCUUCACCUGCUGUUAAACCCAAUCUGACGGGUGGUACCUCAGGGUCUGCUGUGCCAAGUUUUGGGUCCACUCCAGCAUCUUCGGUUCCUACCUUUGGUGCAAAGUCUACUGUAGCUGGGGUGAUGCCAUCAUUUGGGAAUUUAAUAUCAGCAGGGAAUACACCUACUUCCCAGCAGCCUCAAGCCAAGCCUAGCACUGGAAUAGCAGCAACCAAGGGUUCUAAUGCUUCACUACAGGGUCUGCUUGCCGAAGAGAAAAAAACAAGUAUGGGCAUUUCAAAGCCUUCCCCUGCUCCCACUGCUGAGAGAACGCAACCUACUGAAAGCAAACCAGUGACAGGACUAGUGACUCAGAAUAUAGCUGUAACAGAUUCCAGUCAGAAAACCUUGACUUCUAAUUCUACAUCGGAGUCCUUGAAUGACACGUUUAGUGCAUCUAUUGCAGAGGAGAUUGCCCAUUUUGAGAAAGAGUUGCGAGAAUUUAAACAACGAGCUGGAGCGGUAAGGGAGACAAUCGGCAGUAAGGCAGACAUGCAGAGACUCCGCAACAGUACUAUAGAGGUCAGCAACUUCUGUGGAGAGGUCAAGGCCAACACUAAGGAACAAAGUAAGGAGAUAUCCGACUUGAAGGGCCUGUGUCUGGACUGUUUUGCUAUGGUGGAGGACUGUAAGCUGAGGGAGCAGUUGAACUCUGACCCUCAGUACGGUCACAUGAUGAGGACCAGGGCCCUCGACCCUAAAAGUCUGACAACAAUGAGGAGUCUACAGCAGCAACAACAGCUGCUGGACCAGGGCCUGAGGGAUGUGGAUGCCAUCUUAGACCAGGAAUGGCAGGAUUAUCAAAGCAGGAAGAAGAAGAAACAAGGAAUUAAGAGGCCCACAACAGAUGGAAUAUACCAGGUGAUCAAGAGCAACAGAAAUUUGAUUAUUAGAGAAAAAAAUCAGCUGUCUGACCUGGAAUCUCAGCUGAAACAGUUAAAGCUAUACAACAAGAAUUCCACAUGGAAACACCCAGACACAUCAAGGGGACCUGCAGAGUUGUCAUCCUUGGCAGAUUCCUUACUGGAAAGUCCCUCAAAGUCUCCAGGAGUGAGCAAGAAUACGCCCAAAAGUUAUUCUCUUCUUCCUCAGAAGCAGGCUAAACUACGAGAGUACCUGUCUCGGAAAACAGUGGCAAAGGUCAAGUCAACCAGACCAGAGAACUUGUCCAUGUCCAGACUGGCUUCCACAGAGAAGAUCCGCCAGGCCCUGAGUAGGCAGAGCUCACCUGUCAAAGCGCCCCCUACUGCAGAGUUCAGACCUGAGUUAAAGCCUUCGAUACAAGGAAGGACGAUUUUACGUGCCACUUCCCACAAUGGAGCUCGCCAGCUUGCCAGUCAGGGCUUACAGCCUGUCAGCCCGGGAAUGGAGACCCGACUCAGACAGCAGCUCAACACACAGGGCAAACCCAACAGCUAUCAGCAGGGCUUCAUGUUUUCUAACAUUGGAAAGGCCUCAUCCCCAGUGAUUGGUUUUCAGCCCAAAGUUCCACAAAAUUUGAAGCCUUCAGAUGGGUACCCCCAGUUUGAGGACAUUACACCUACAACAUCUACGGACGUGACUGAGGAGGAAGAUGAUGAUGAUGAUGAAGAUUAUGAUGAAGACGAUGAUUACGAUGAGGAACAAGACAUCGAAAGUGAGCACGAUUCAGAGCCACUGAAUAGGAAAAUAGCUGAGAGAAAGCCUGCCACUGGUCCAUCAACAGGUUUUUCAGUGAAGACUACGAAGCCAGCACUGCUGCCUACACACGGAUUUGGACAGGGUUUGUCUGGGUUUUCCAACCUUUCUGGGGGUAGUCAAGCAGCCCCUGUGUUUGGGGGAUUACAAGGAGUCAAGACUGAGGACAAAACUCCCACAAACACCUCCACCCCUAAAACAGCUUUCAAAUUUGGAGGGGAUGUUACCUCUGGCUUUGGAGGAAAAAAUCUAUUUGGCCAGCCUUCCAAACCUGAAGAAAACAAAAAUGAGGAGCCAAAACCUGUUUCUUCACCACUUCUUGCAAAAGCACUCUCAAUGGAAUCUGAUGAGGAGGAAGUGAAUUUAGCAGGAAGUGACAUCACAAAAGAGCAGACCAACACUGAAAAUAAGGGACCUGAGAAAUCAGAAAUGGAGCCAAAGUCAGCAGCAGCAGCAGCAGAGACUUCUACAGGCAAGCCAGCCAUGAGUGGCCUGUUUGGAUUUCAAAAAUCACCAUCUAGCCAAACAUUGACCGACAAUACAGCAUCUAAAGGGGUGUUUGGUCAGUCCACUACAGGAUCUACUUUAUUUGGACAAUCCACAGGUAAAUCAGCACCUGUAACAGAUGCUUCUGACAAAGCUUUAUCGACAGCUGGGAAACCAUUGACCAGUUUAGCAACUGGGGGUAGUCUGUUUGCACAGCCCAUUGGUUCAGGUGGGGGACUCUUUGACAAGUCUACAAAAGAAAAAGAAACAGAAAAAUCAACACCAGCAACAACUGCUGCUACUGGCCUGUUUGUCCAGAGUACAACUUCUUCUAGUGGUACUGGGUUAUUUGGUAAAACUAAUUCUCAAGCAACUAGUGAAGGUGGUAUAUUUGGACAAAUAAGUACUCCAAGUGCUACAACUACUUCUGAAACCACUCCCACUGGACAGGAAUCAAAAAUGCCUGAUUCAACCACUGCUGCAGGAGGAAUAUUUGGGGGGAAAGCUGUGACAACAGCAUCCUCUAAUUCAGGAUCAGGAUUAUUUGAGCAAAAACCAACAUCUUCUGGAACAGGACUGUUUGGUCAAACUUCAACUGCAGUCUCUAGUGCUGGACAAGGAUUGUUUGGUCAACAAACAACAGCCACAUCUGGAAUGCUUGGACAAACAACUGUAGCCCCGCCAUCCUAUUCCAGCUCAGAGUCUGGAUUGUUUGGGAGACCUUUGACUUCUGGCAGUGGUGCAUUUGGACAGACAUCUACAGCUACUUCAACUACUGGAACAGGAUUGUUUGGACAAACAACAUCAACCUCUGGAUCAGGAUUAUUUGGACAACAAACAACAACUUCAGAAUCUGGAUCAGGAUUGUUUGGCCAACAAACAACAACUGCAGGAUCUGGAGUGGGAUUAUUUGGUCAAAAAACAACUACUUCUGGAUCAGGAUUAUUUGGCCAGCAAACAACAACUUCAGGGUCUGGAGGUGGACUUUUUGGACAACAAACAACAAGCUCUGGUUCUGGACUUUUUGGACAACAAACAACAACUACUGGGUCUGGACUUUUUGGACAACAAACAACAACUACUGGAUCUGGGCUUUUUGGACAACAAACAACAACUACUGGAUCUGGACUUUUUGGACAACAAACAACCACUGUAUCUGGAUCCUUUGGGCAACCAAGCACCUCAACGUCUGGUUCUGGCUUAUUUGGACAGCCAGCCACAACCUCCACAUCUGGAGGUGGUUUAUUUGGAACAGCAGGAGGUACAACAGCAUCCACAACAGGCACCGGGUUGUUUGGCCAAGUCUCCUCUGCUUCUGCCACAACUAGCUCUGGUACUGGCUUAUUUGGUCAGAGUGGAUCUGGAGGGUUUGGUCAGAGUUCUACUGGAUCAAAGCCCUCUGUGCUCGGAGGACUCCUGACUGGCUCUGAUGAUUCUCCUACAACAAGUUCUGCAUUCGGUCAGGGAAGUCCAGCAAAGAAUUUAUUUGGACAACAAACUGGCACCUCCUCCUCUGCACCUGCCUUUGGCCAGCCAGCACCACUGUUUGGAACUUCUACCGCUGGGACAGGGUUUGGAGGUACGUCCACUAGUGGAGGAUUUGUUACCUCAGGGGGUGGUCUGGGAUUUGGAGGCACUGCCACAACUACUUCUGUGUCUGGAUUUGGUCAGACUAACCAAGGAGUGUUUGGACAAUCUACUGGAGGCACUUCUAGUCCAUUCGGUGGUGGUUUUGGCAGUGCCCCUAGCGGUCAGUCUCCAGGCGGCCUGUUUGGUGGAGGAAGUAGUGGUGGAAUGUUCUCGGGCCUCGGUGGUAAACCCUCAGAGGACAAGGCCAAAACUAAUGUGUUUGGAUCAGCACAGUCAUUUGGAAGUUCAACCACCCCUCAAACCAACCUGUUUGGCAGUCAGAGUCCUAGCACCUUAAGAAGUGGAGGUGGAUCUAGCCCAUUUGCAGGUGGUGGUUUUAGUGGAGGUGGUUCCAAUGUGGCAUCUUCUGGCUUUGGCAUAGCUAAAACACAAAGCCCUGGUGGGUUUGGAGGAAGUCCUAGUUUUGGAGGAAGUCCAGCGUUCGGGGGACAGGCAUCAUUUGGAAGCUCCCCCAGCUUUGGAUCGGCACCUGCAUUUGGAGGAGGAUCCACAUUUGGAAGUGGAGCCUCAUUUUCAAAUCAGCUAGGCUCUCCACAGAAUACUGGUGGUACUGGGGGAUUUGCAGGCUUUGCCUCGGGGUCUUCCCCGACCUUUGGGGGUCUGGCUCACGGCGGGGACACCUCUUCCUUUGGUGCCCUGUCACAGGCCAGUAGUACCGGGUUUGGAGGAGGAUUUGGAGGGGGUGGAGGUGGAGGAGGCUUUGGAUCAAGUUCAGGUUUUGGACAAUCUUCAAGUUCAGGUGGAAAUCCCUCCUUCACUGGCUACAGGUCUUAGAGUAGGAACAAACAUGAGACUAAAUAUGAAUAUUUGGACUGUUAUAUCAGAUAUUUUGUCUUCUUGAUGAUGUUUAAAAAUAUAUUAUUAAAAGCACUAUACAUGAAUAUUCAAAAUAACUGUGUUAACAAUAAACUGAGAUUGCACAUAA